CAACAAGUUCGUCAACUGCCUGCUGUUCUUCCGCAAUCAGUUGCCCCUCCAUGUCGCCGAACUCAACUCCUAUGAAGGUGGCGAUUUCGAUGAGGCUGUCCAGUAUUUGGAGCUUUGGAUUCGGUACAGUUUAUCAUGCCGUGUUGCCGAACUCUGUGUCACCAUCCACGGUGAAGCUGUACGUUGGCUGCUUCCCAAGGGACUUAUCAUCACCUGACCCAGCUUGAGCUUACCUGGGUCAAGACGCAUCACGAUCUGGAUUUCUCAAGUUGUAUGUCUCUAAAGGAUCUGAAGAUGACUGAUUGUGGCAUUUACUGUGACAGAAUCAUGUCCGAUGUCCCCAUCACUUAAGCGUCUUAUCAUCAUGCAAUGUCACUUCCUUGCUAGUGUCCGUACCCAAAUAUCUGUCCCGAAUCUCAUUCUCCUUCUGUUAGGUGACUGUAAGAGACGUACUCCAUUGCUCGGGAGCAUGCCGUAUCUAGUGGAGGCAUUUGUCGGACUUGGAGACUGCGAUGAUUUUUGUAAAAAUAGUUAUGAGAUUGGUGAUUGCGGGGAUGAGUCAUGCUGGGGAUGCCACUUCUGUGAGAACAACUAUGGAAACAGUAACUGCAUUCUUCUUCAGGGUUUGUCAAGCUGUACAAAUCUGGAGUUAACAGCUGCAACAGCACCGUUCAUUUUCAGGAAGGAUUUGACGCGAUGCCCUGUAUUUAGCAAGUUAAAAACUUUGUUACUCAAUGAAUGGUGCAUUACUAAUAACCUUGGUGCAUUAAUAUGCUUUCUCCAGCACUCACCGGUUCUAGAGAAGCUCAUUAUUCAGUUUGAGCCUCCAGAGAUACAUGAGAGAUUAGUGGAAAUAGGAGCAAGUUAUGACCUAAGGAAGCAUUCCCUUGUAUUGAAGGACCUUAUUGUUGAAGUUAAAUGUGAUGAUGGUGAUGAGCAGAUUCACAAAUUCUUAGAUGUCUUGUGUUCCUAUGGUCUACCCCCUGAGAAAAUCAAGAUCCAACAACCUCCAAAAGUGACUGGGGCCCGAUUUGAUAACACUUGGACUUCUGAAAGUUUCAGCUUCGAGCAGGAGAUCUAGUUACAUGUACUGUGGACGGAUCUGAGGCACUGAGACUCUUAACGCUUCUGAAUGCAUUUGGACCGAGAAUGAGGAUAACUGAUGUCGCCUUGUGUAUACUGUCAGACCAUGCACGCUGUAUGUUACUUCAUAAUAGAAGUUCACAUGUCCUGCACUUGUGCUAGACCUGUGUUGCUUGCUUGUUGAAAACUUGGCUGGGUCGGUUUCUUUCCUAG